AUGCGACGGACCUUGUGCGUGUUGUGCUUGCUCCGCGCCGCAGCGGACUGUGAAGCGCCUGCGAGGAGCGCGGUGAUGCUGCAGACCGAAGCACUUGAAGCCAAGAUGGCGCCGCGGAAAGACGCGAAUGUCUCCUUGGGUGUGGCAGAGAGCCAUGCGAAGGCCAAGGGCCAGGCGAUUCCUGUGGAGGCCAAGGCGAAGGCGGGUGCCUUCUGGGAGGAAAUCUUUAUUGCAGCCAGCAUUGUGAUUCUGCUGGCCAUCUUGGCGGUAGUGGCAUAUGCGUGGCCUCCACCCCGCUGA